CCAAUACCAAAUGGAUCUCCUUGGGUAGGAGAGCUGCACACCAGUCUCAAAUUUGAAUCAUACCGUUAUACAUUAUCUGUUUCAAUAACACGUUAGUCUCCUCAUGGAUUUUACUCCAGAGCGAGAAGGUGUAGUGAAGGAUGAUAAAACAGGAGAACUUUAUAUCCCUGCAACAAGGCGGCCAGAUGGAACAUGGAGAAAACCAAGGAAAGUGAAAGAUGGCUAUGUACCACAGGAAGAGGUUCCAGUAUAUGAAAAUAAAGGAGUUCAAUGGAUGAAAAGUCGGCCAACUUUACCUCCUGGUCUUAAUCCAGCAGAGUUGGAGACUGUUAAGAAGUCAGAAAGCCAGCCCAUGUCAAAGUCCGCUAAGAAGAAUGCAAAGAGGAAAGAAAAGAAGAAACAGCAUCAACAGUCAGCCCCUGACGGGACAGGGCCCAGUGAAGGGACAGGGCCCAGUGACGGGACAGGGCCCAGUGAAGUCAGCAUAUCACAGACUCUGGCCAGAACAAAACUCUCGGAAGAUUCUGUAAAAGAGGCUCAAGCCAAUGAUAAGGCCGCCAUUGAAAAGAAAAUCAGAAACUUGAAAAAGAAAUUAAAACAGGUGGAUGAUUUAAAAACAAAAAUAGAUUCUGGUGAGAUAAAAAACCCAGAGAAAGAGCAGCUAGCUAAAAUUGAAAGGCGCCAGGAGCUCGUGGAUGAGAUCGAAAAUCUAGAGCUGGAUUUAGAAGACUGACACACACCAGUUCUUAAUUUUAUUAAAUGUUUCAUAAGCUAAGAAUAUACAUGUUCAAUGCAAUUAAUUUUAAAAAAAAUUCUUUUUGUGUUUCAAGAAACAAAAAUUAAAAACAUAAUUUUGAUAUCAUGUAACAAUUCGAAGUUAUGGAAAUAUUUCAUUGUUUUUAUAAAACCUAAUAGUUGUUUUUUAAAGUUGAUAUUGUAGACCAUUUUUUCAUAACAACAUUAUUUGAUGAUUUAUCAGAGACAUUGACAGACUGGUUAAAAUGUUAUAGCUAGAUGAUUAUCAUACUUGUGGACCCUGUAAAACUUUCUUGCAUGCCAAUAAAAGUUGGUGUACAUGCUGUACAAUCAUAAUUGUCAAGAUAAUGUAAUAUGUGGAAGAAAGUAAGAUUAGUAUUGAUUAAGAAAUGUUUUCUAUGA